AUGAGUUCUCUUCCAAAGUAUCUUUUCUUGUCAACAGCAAUAUUUUUCAAUUUGUUUAUUGUUGCAACAACAGGAUUUGUACCUCUUGGUCGUUGCUUUCAUAGUAGUGUUCUUAUUGGAACACAACUCUACUUUCUAGGUGGAAUAGGUUCUGAUGAAAUAUUCUAUUUGGAUGUUUCUUUACCUUUCGACUCUAAAAAACUUUUAUGGACUGAUUUAACGACAAAUUCACUUAUUCCUGUUAAUAGUGCGUUUGCAACAUCAUGUGUUGGAGGUCAAAAUAAUAAAACAAUUUUUUUAUUUGAGCAUCAUAAAAAAAAUGACGAUAAAUUAAAGUAUACAAUAACAUAUAAUUUUGAUACAAUAAAUCAAAAAUGGGAUAUACCAACAAUAAAAAAUCCUGAUCAGAUACCUCCAGUCAGACAAGGAAUUAAUGCUGCAUGUGAUCCUAAUGGUAAAAUGUACAUUUUUGGUGGACAUAAUCCACACAGACACUUCAAGAGAUCCCAUAAUGAUAUGUAUGUCUUAGACUCUUUAAAUUUAUCUUGGAAUCAGUAUCUGGCAUCUUUAUCCAUAAUUCAACCGACUGUUCGGUCGGAUUAUACUGCGACAAUUUUACAAAGCUCAAUUAUUGUCUAUAUCGGAGGAACAAAUGAUGUCUAUAAAUCUAAUGAAAUUGAUAUGAAUGACAUUUCAAUAUUUGAUACAAAUGCUGGGACUUGGACUUCUAUGAUCGCAGAUAAUGAUAAUGUAACGAUUCAAGCUCGUAGAUUUCAUACAGCUGUGUUAACAUCAGAUGGAUUAAUAAUUAUCUAUGGUGGCGCUUCCAAUAAUAAUUCUGAGGUUCCAAAACCAUUAUUAGCCGUGUUGGAUACAAAGCCAAAGAUUUACAAAUGGUAUAGAGCUGAAUUUUCAAGAGGAAAAUUUGAUGGAAAGAAUAAUCUUAAUGUCAAUGUUUAUAUACUUGAUGCAAAAAGUUUUUUAUGGGUUACAUCAACUUCUCAAAAUGCUUCAAACUCAACACCUUCAAAUGUGAACCCUUCAAACGAGACACCUUCAAGCACGAUAUCUUCAAGCACGAUACCUUCAACCUCAAUAUCUUCAACUAAUUCUACUUUAAUCAAUAAUACACCUGAUGUUAGAUUGGUUGCUGGCCUUUCUA